AUGCCAACAAAACUUUAUAUUGGUAAUGUACCUCCAACAGUAAGUUCAACGGAAUUAAAAGAAUUAUUUGAAAAAUAUGGUAAAGUACUUGAAUGUGACAUUGUUAAAGAUUAUGCAUUUGUUCAUAUGGAAGAUGCAAGUAAAGCUAAAGCAUCUAUAGCAGCUUUAAAUGAUUUUAAUUUAAAAGGAAGUCGUAUUAGAGUUGAAGUAUCAACAACUCAACUUCGAAAUUCGGGUCGUCCAUCUCGUCGAGGAGAAUCACCACGUUAUGAUUCAGGUUCAGUGCCGAUGCGAUCAUCACGAAAUCGCGAUAUGCCACUUAUGUCAUCAGGUCGUAAUGGUAAUUAUUCAGGUGGCGGCGGUCCCGAUCGCUCGUAUCCGAGUAUGCGUAAUAGCUACAUGGACGCACGAUCUCGUCCGUACGAUUCACCUUAUGAACGUCAACGUAUACCACCACAUUUACCACCAAUGAAUUAUCCUGAUCCGUACAGUCGUCCUGGUAGUGAUCCGUACAGUAUGCGUAGUGGUGGUGUUGAUCCGUAUGGUCGUGAUGAUUUUUAUCCUCAUCGAGGACCACCAAUGCCAAUGGCUGAUCAUUAUGGACGUGGACCACCGAUGCGGUCUCCUUACGAUGCCUACGCACCAUAUCCAUCUGGACCGAAUUCAAUGGGACCACCACGAAGUCGUUAUGCUGCUUCACCACCAUCAUCACGUAAUGGAUCUGGACGUUAUGGAUCAUCACCACGAUCAUCAUCGUCUCGUCGUCCAGGAAGAAGAUCACCGCCGCCACCACCUUCGAGUUCAUCACGAUCACGUCGAUAA